UCAGCUGUUUAUAGUGUUUGCCGUUCGGGUUGAUAAGGAGGCGGAAUCAUUUUGCAAUAUCUUUUAGUUGCUACGUUCGUUCGUAACUGCUGAGUCGUCAAUGAUCCGUAGAGUGAUGGGAGAAGUGGACGUAAAACUGGCAAUUCGGCAAACGCUGGCUAAAAUCGAAGAAGCUCAUUCAAAACGAAUUCAGACCAUUAAGGCGCCAAAACCUCUGCUAGUGGCGGUCAGUAAAACAAAGCCGGUGGACCUAAUUCUUGAUGGAUACUCUGCAGGACAGCGGGAUUUUGGUGAAAACUAUGUACAGGAAUUGAUCGAGAAAGCAAACGAUUCUAAAAUCCUUGAGCAAUGCAAAGAAAUACGAUGGCACUUCAUCGGUCACCUGCAGAGUAAUAAAAUCAAUAAGAUUGUCAACCUGCCAAAUUUACAUAUGAUUGAAACCGUUCACAAUUCCAAGUUGGCGGAGAGUUUAAAUAAAGCUUGGGAAAAAGUUAUGACUGAACGACCGAACAAACAAAAGCUGAACGUGCUCGUGCAAAUCAAUACUAGCGGAGAAGAUGAGAAAAACGGUACAGAACCGGCGGAAGCAGUGAAUUUGUACCGUUUCGUCACAGAAAAGUGUCCUAAUUUGAACUGUCAUGGCAUAAUGACAAUUGGACGCUUUGGACACGAUUAUUCCGCGGGGCCGAAUCCAGACUUCAUCGAACUUAUGAAAUGUCACGCGGAAAUAUGCAGCACCUUCGAAAAGGAUCCCGCCGAGGUGCAGGUGUCGAUGGGAAUGUCGGAUGAUUAUAUCCAAGCGAUCGAGAUGGGUAGUACAAUCGUACGCGUAGGCAGUUCUAUUUUUGGAGCCAGAGCGAAGAAACACGAAGCAUAGGAAUUUUUCUGCCGCAUCACCACUGUUGGCGUACACCGGUUCCGACAGAAGCACAACUGUUAAGACAUUUCGUUAAUUCGUCAUAGAAAAUUCAAUUUAGCUAAUCACAAUUAUAUGUUGAAAAUUAGAAACUAUAAAUCUAGGUUCAUCACAUUAAACUCCUAUUGAUUCAUUUCGAGGUUUGGUUUAUUAGAAAUUAACCUUAUAACCGACCAGCGAUGACAAGUUUAUUUUUCAUAUAUCGUACAGGAUUUCCUUCACAAA